AUGGCCCAGAUCAUCCAGAUGACGCCAUAUGAGUACACGGAAAAAACGAAGCCGACGGAUUUCUGGACGCGGGUGAAAAGCGCGUGGGCGCACGAAAGCGUCUCUGCCGGGCUUAUCCAACACAAGGCCAAGGUCGCCGUCGUGGCGGCGUUUUUGACGCUCGUCUCGCUCGUGCAAAUGGCGCUCGUCUCCCGCAACAGUUUCUACGUGCCCACAUUCGCCGACACGCCCGGCACGUCGUUCUUUGACUUGGCGCACUAUGUGGGCACGCCGACCGGCUGGCAGCUGGAGGAGCGGGUGCUCUUCUGCGUGCCCUUGAGAGACGCCGCGGCGCACUUGCCCAUGUUCUUCGGCCACAUGCGCAACUUGACCGACGACACCAUCGGCGAGCUCUUGCGGCACUUGAACGAGAUCCAGAGCGACGCCAACGUGGCCAUGCGUUUCGGCGAGAUCGAGAUCUUCGAGAAGGACUUUGGCCAGAUCAUCGGCCAGUCGUUCUCGGACAGGCACGGCUUUGCUGCGCAGGGCCCGCGGCGCAAGUUGAUGGCCCGUGCGCGGAACUGGCUCUGGUCCGUCGCCAUCAAGCCGUACCACCUGUACGUCUACUGGCGAGACGCGGACGUGGAGACCAUGCCACGCACGAUCUUGGAGGACUUGAUGCAGCACGACAAGGACGUGAUUGUGCCGAACGUGUGGCGGCCCUUGCCCGACUGGUUGGGCAACCAGCAGCCCUACGACUUGAACUCGUGGCAGGAGUCCGAUGGCGGGCUCCAGUUGGCCGAGUCCUUGGACGAGGACGCGUGCAUCGUCGAAGGCUAUGUAGAGUACCAGACCUGGCGGCCGCACCUUGCGUACUUGCGCGACCCGUACGGCGACCCGGAGGUGGAGAUGGACUUGGACGGCAUUGGCGGCGUGUCCAUCUUGACCAAGGCCAAGGUGUUCCGCACGGGCUCGCACUUCCCGGCGUUCUCCUUCGAAAAGCACGCGGAGACCGAGGCGUUUGGCAAGAUGAGCAAGCGCAUGGGCUACUCCGUGGUGGGCUUGCCGCAUUACGUGAUCUGGCACAUCUACGAGCCGUCGUCAGACGACUUGAAGCACAUGGAGUGGAUGGCCUUGGAGGAGGUGCGGCAGGCUGAGCAGGCCAAGAUCAAGAAGGUUUAUGACAAGUCGUGGGGACAAGGCUUCGAAGACAAGCAGGAGGGUUGGCAGCGCGAGCGCGAGCACGUGUUGAAAAACACCGACAUCCACCGGCUGAUACACGUGGAUUGGCUGGGCGUCGACGAUCUUUUCAUCGAGAAGACGCCCGACAAGCAGCUUGCCGACUUCCAGCCUUGA